CACAAUCCCUUACCACCCUAUGGCCAUAAGACCACAAUCCCUUACCACCCUAGGGCCAUUAGACCACAAUCCCUUACCACCCUAUGGCCAGUAGACCACAAUCCCUUACGACCCUAUGACCAUAAGACCACAAUCCCUUACCACCCUAUGGCCAGUAGUUCACAAUCCCUUACCACCUUAGGGCCAGUAGACUACAAUCCCUUACCACCCUAUGGCCAGUAG